CUAGCCAGUUUAAUUAGAUAUGAUUUAACUAAUCAAGAGCUAUGCAUGCAUCUAGGAAUAUAGAAAGUAUGUCAGGCUGUCCAAAUAGACCAAAAUGCUCAAUAACUAAUAAUGCAUACUUUUGUUAUAUAUUUUUUAGGUUCACUUUUAAAAUACAUGACACCAACUGCUGCCUCAAUUGACGAGGAACAGCCACGCACCUCAACUGCGCCACCGUCCUCAAACCUACAACCACUCGAAGGAACAUCAGAACAGCAAGCUGCUCAUCCUGAAGAGAUGACCACCGAUUCCACACUGACCACUGUGUCUGCUUGUUCAGGUGAGUGCAAUGUGUCAACAGAUGUUCCUGAUGAUAAAUAAUGUAAUGUAAAAGUUACAAUAUGUUGUGUCAUGUCUAAUCCAGCCAAUAUAUUUGCUCUUGUGUGUUCACUCUAUAGGUAUAGGCCCAGAACCACUGCAAGGAACUUCAGACCAGCGUGUUGUUUCUCAUCCUGAUUGCACCACUGAUUCCACAGAUUCCACCCAUACACCCUUCUCAGAUGCAGCAAAGACAGACAAGCCAUUACCAACCGAUCCUGCUGACUGGCCUGCACAUCUCACGGACACAAUAAAAACAGAGUUUGUUCGGAGAGGACCGAAUCAGGUAACACCUGAUUUUAUUUUUCCAAGGAGAGAUGAUGGGAGAAGUUGCCACCACCAGUACUUCAGCAGGACCUUAAUCAACGGAGAAAGGAUUAAAAGAAGUUGGUUGACUUAUUCAAAAACGAAAAACAGCCUUUUUUGUUUUUGUUGUCAGCUUUUCUCCCCAAAACACAUUCUUUUAACACAUGGAGGACUGUCUGAUUGGAAGAAUGCAAGUGCUGCUCUAAACAGUCACGAUAAUAGUCAGGAACACCUGAACAAUUUGGCGUCAUGGAAAGAAUUGGCAGUUAGAUUAAAACAAGGUACAACCAUUGACAAAAAAGAGCAGGCCCUCUUAGAGGCAGAGCAGAGUCGGUGGAGAGCAGUACUGACAAGACUGGUUGCAAUUGUAGUCGCUCGCUUUGCGAAAUAUGUCAUUUAGAGGACACUCAGAUAAACUCCACUCUCCUUCAAAUGGUAACUUUCUGAAAGAGGUUGAGCUUAUGGCACUGUUUGACCCAGUGAUGAAAGACCACAUCCACAAGGUUAAAUGUGAAACAUCACACCACAGAUACUUGGGCAAAACCAUCCAGAACGAGUUGAUCCAGUGCAUCAGUGGAAAAAUGCUCUCAACAAUGGUGCAGGAAAUAAAGAAGUGCAAAUACUUUAGCCUCAUUUUAGAUUGCACCCCGGACGUUAGCCACAUUGAACAGCUGUCAGUAGUAAUAAGAAUUGUGACAGUGGAAGAAGACCCCCGGGUUAAAGAGCACUUUCUGGGAUUCCUAGUGGCAGAGGACUCCACGGGAGAAAGUUUGUCUGCCCUGAUUUUGAAGAGGCUGGAGGAGUUGGAUAUUGCCUUUGAUGACUGCAGAGGACAGUCCUAUGACAAUGGGGCAAAUAUGAAAGGAAAGAACAAGGGAGUACAGGCCAGGCUACUUCAGUUAAACCCAAGAGCUUUGUUCGUGCCUUGUGGGGCAUAUACACUUAACUUGGUAAUUUCUGAUGCUGCCAAAAGCUCCAAAGAUGCAAUAUCAUUUUUUGGUAUUGUGCAGAAGCUAUACUGUCUGUUUUCUGCCUCUACACAGAGAUGGGCCAUCCUCAAACAGAAAGUGAACCUCUCGCUCAAAAUGUGGUCAGAAACCAGAUGGGAGAGCAGAGUGAAAGCUGUGGAACCUCUGCGAUACGAAGCCGCAGCUGUGAGAGAGGCACUGCUUGAGGUGAGAAACCAGGCCAAAGACCCAAUGAUCAGGAUUGAAGCCCAGUCUCUGGCAGAAGAAGUGGGGUCAUUCCGCUUUUCACUGUGCACAGUGGUCUGGUAUGAUGUGCUAAAUAAAAUUCAGCACGUGAGUAAGCUCUUGCAGUCCCAGACUAUGCAAGUGGAUGUGGCCGUAAGUCUUCUAAAAAAAACACAACAAGCUCUGGAGUCCUACAGAGCCACAGGCUUUGUGGCUUCACAAACAUCAGCCAAGGCCAUGUGUGAGGAGAUGAAUGUGGAUGCUGUCCUUGUCCCAGACCUGCCACACCAAGAGCUCAUGAAGCAAGCAGAGGCACUUGCACACACCUUAAGCCAUGGAGGGAAGUCUGAUUUGGAUGGGAAGGAGCUGGCCCUUCCCAUCCAACAUGUCGACUCUUGA